AUGUGGCGAGAGGAUCAGCUGUCGAACAAACGUCCAAUAUCGCUCGUCAUGCGGACGAGCGCAUCAUCUCCCAAGCCCACAACCAGCGCCUCGCUCCCUUGCUCGAGUCCCUAAUCGGCCCGACCCAGCGUGGCUUUGUGCCGAACCGUCCAGUGUCUCUUUGGAUCCCGGACUCCCGGGCUUAGCGCUCGUAUCCGGUCUGCUAGCGGUGAUGGACUUCGAGAAGGCUUGCGAUCGUCUUCCCCACACGUACCUUGAUGUAGUCCUCUGCGCCGUUGGCCUCGGUCCCAAAGCCCGCCGAUGGUCCCGAGCGACGUACACCAACUAAUCUGCCUCGAUCUUCCUCGAGGGUUGGCUCUCGGCCGCUUUCGACGUCCUAUCGGGUGUUCGGCAAGGCGAUCCUCUGGCUCCGUCUCUCUUCGUGUUGGCGAUCGAGGAUUUUGCCUAUCAGAUCGACUGAAGGUCAUGGGCAUCGUGAGCCCGGGCCUACGAACGAUUCAAGACUCCUCUUGGCCGACGACGCUUGCUGUGCGCUCCAUAACCUCUCGGACCUUGCGCAUCUCAAUCGGGCGUUCGAGUUGUACGAACGGGCAAGUGCCAGCAAGCUCAGCAACGCUAAAUCGUUCCUCUACCCCCUUGGAUCGUUUAGGGACCGGCCGAUAGGCCUAGGCCUCGGGACCUGGCGUCUCAGCAUCUCCCAGUUUCGCUACCUUGGUAUUCAGGUCGGAGUGGAGAUCGCCGAGGAUGCGGGUUGGGAGGAGAUCAAGUCAUGCGUUGUAACUAGCAGAACAGACCAACCCGAUACAUCCGAGUUCAAGUCCCACCCACCCACGGUUGCUCCCUCCCAGAGACGAAUGAAAGGAAGUUUUUUUUGUUGUUUUGUAGUAG